CAUCAGUGUGCUCUCAUUGCCUGCCCGUGCACUCUGGAGGUGAGCACCCCUUGCGGCCAGCCGAGUCAUAUCUCUUCCUACAGCUCAACACACGUACCUCUCCCUUUGCUUGAGACGUGAUUGGCGUCGCGACGACUCUCCGUCUCUAUUCUCUGUCCUAAUUGGAUCGCAAACACCAUAACCAGACCUUGUGAUGAUGCAUUGUCUGUAAUUGAAAGCGCCCCUUGUUCACUUGCUAUUGUCGCAUCUCCUUCGCAACCCCUUCGCAACCGUGCCUCUACGGCAGACCGAUUCCGAUUCCGAUUGCGAUCCCGCUCCUCGACCCUCCACCACGUCCCCGAACUGCCACCUCCCGUUGACACCUCCCGUUCCAUCAAUCUGCCCUCGACCGUGACGAACCUGGGCAUGCCUGCCGUUCCGGCCUUAUAAUGCUGGUCCUACCAAGGGCCGUUCGCCGUGCCUCGUCCGUCGCUGUCCCAAUGUUCACCGCAAGAACCCUCGCAUCGCAGCAUCUCGCCCGGCUGCGAUAUAUAUCCUAUUCGUCCCGCCUUUCCCUUUCUCCCCGUCGCUCCCAAUCCUUCAACAAUCAGGGCUUUACCUCGAGCUAUGACCCGAACAACGAGAAUGGCCGAGGCCCGAUAUUCUCCAACAAGGCCAGCUUUGGCGUCCCCCAAUUCUACCCGCGCGAUCUGAAGCGGCGCGUAGACGAUUACGUGGUCGGACAGGAUCGCGCAAAGAAGACAAUAUGUUCCGUCAUCUUCAACCAUUACCAGAAUAUUCGCCGUCGUCAACAUCACGAAAUCCAGGACCAGCGCCAGCGUGAAAAGUUGCAGCGACAAAGAUAUGCUCGAGAUAAUAGAGACAGAGAUAUUGAAGGCUACAGUGGUAGCAGCAGCAACAGGGACAUACAUCCUGUCGAAGGUGGGCGACGGUCAUCUGUUGAACCCUGGCUUGACCCUCCCCCGAAACCGCGGCGGCAAUGGGCUGAUAAGCGCAUACUUGAAGACGAGUUUCCGGGCCACCACGAGUCCGUCCUGGGGACACACCGUGACCGAGGUGACCAUCCCAUGGUUGAGAACCACUUUGAGACGCCCUCUAUUGAUGACUUUUACAUCCCCGAGGACCCCAAUGCUCCUCAGCGCGUAAAGAUUGACAAGAGUAACCUCUUGCUGAUAGGACCAACCGGUGUGGGCAAGACGUAUAUCCUAGAAACCCUGAGCAAGAAGCUCAACGUGCCCUUUACGAUAAGCGAUUGUAACUCGUUCACACAGGCCGGCUAUAUCGGACAAGAUGUGGAAGCAUGCAUCGAGCGUCUCCUCAUAGAAGCGAACUACGACGUCAAGGCCGCCGAACAUGGAAUAGUCGUGUUGGACGAGUUUGACAAGAUCGCAAGACGGGAAACUGUCAACGGGAGAGAUGUUGGCGGUGAGGGUGUCCAGCAGGCUCUCUUGAAGCUUGUCGAGGGUACCAAGGUCACCGUCAAUGUUAAGGAUCAUCGGUCGUCACGGCCGCCGCCGCCUCCCAACCUCAACAUCUCGACACCCGGCUACGGACCAGCUAGCACCACGCCGUCUGCUACUCCUGGCAAAGUUGAACAGUACAUUGUGGACACCAGCAACAUUCUGUUUGUCUUUUGCGGUGCCUUUGUCGGGCUUGACAAGACUGUCCUUAGGCGGGUCGCAAAGCCAUCGAUAGGCUUCGGCGCUGAAGUCAGAAACCAUCGUGGCUCUUCCAUGUCCGGCAGUCACGAUAUUCUUCCUCCCGAGCUGUACAGCCAUCUACCGCACCAGCCUCCGACGAUGCCGGUCGACCUGUCAGGUGGAAGCCUGGCUUCUUCGGGCGGUAGUGGCUUCACUCCGCUUGAUCUGGCCUCACCGGCCGAUCUCCAGGCCUUUGGGUUUAUCCCCGAACUCAUCGGCCGUCUUCAUAACAUCUGCGCUCUAAGUCCUCUCUCUCUUGACGAGCUCUACCGCAUCCUCACGGAACCGCGUAACAGCCUGGUAGCGCAGUACACAGCCCUCUUCGAGACGUACCCCAGCAAGCUGUACUUCACUCGCAAGGCGCUGUAUGCCAUUGCCGAAAGAGCGGCCAAGAACGAGACAGGCGCCAGAGGGUUAAAGAUGGAGAUGGAGCGCGUGCUGGCAGAGCCCAUGUACGAUGCGCCCAUGCCAUAUGUGCUCAUCACAGAGGGCUGUGUCAAGGGGACGGAGAAGGCCGGUUACUGGGGUAAGGACGGUAGGCUAGAGCUAGAGAGGAUGAUGGCGGAGGAGGAACAGAAGGGGCUUGGACAGGGACCGGUAGAAGGAGGGUUUGAAAGGAUGAGGGAGGGGGGACAGAGUGGUGCAUAGGUAUGGCCUGGGUUGCUAUUUACUUUCCCUUUGCUCUAAGGCGUUGGUUUGGAGGGGGUUAACGGUCCACGGUACCGUCUCGCGACGGGGUCAGAAUGCUUGGGGCACACAGUACAUACGCAUUCGAUGGAUAUAGUAUAACAACGGCAUAGCAGCAGAGUUGUAAUUGAACUACUGUACAGCAAAUCUACAUAAUCACCGG